CAAAAGUUCAGCUUCGCGUUCGUCUCCCCGUCACCACCACCACGACAAGUGCCAGACGAUUGAUAUACUCAAAUCGAUCUUUGCAAUAUCAAUCGCCCACCAUGGCCCCCUCUCAGCUCCCCCCGAUCUUCAACCCCACCUCCCAGGACAUUGAGAUGCUCCUCGCAGCUCAGUGCCACCUCGGGUCCAAGAACCUCCAGUCUCACAUGGAGCCUUACCUCUGGAAGACUCGCCCCGACGGUGUCAAUGUCAUCAACAUUGGCAAGACCUGGGAGAAGAUCCUCCUCGCUGCCCGUAUCAUCGCCGCCAUCGACAACCCGGCCGACAUCUGUGUCAUCUCCGCUCGUCCCUACGGCCAGCGUGCUGUCCUGAAGUUCGCCUCCCACACCGGUGCUACCGCCAUUGCUGGUCGUUUCACCCCCGGUAACUUCACCAACUACAUCACCCGCUCUUUCAAGGAGCCCCGCCUGAUCAUCGUCACCGACCCUCGCACCGACGCCCAGGCCAUCAAGGAGGCCAGCUACGUCAACAUCCCCGUCAUUGCCCUUUGCGACACUGACUCCCCCACCGACUUCGUUGACGUUGCUAUCCCCACCAACAACAAGGGUCGCCACGCCAUCGGUCUCGUCUGGUGGCUCCUUGCCCGUGAGGUCCUCCGCCUCCGUGGUACCCUCGCUUCCCGUGAGGUUGACUGGGACGUCGUUGUCGACCUGUACUUCUACCGUGACCCCGAGGCUGAGGAGAACAAGGAGGUCGUCGAGGAGAAGGUUGCCAGCGCUGAGGAGGUCGGUGCUGGUGCCAUCGAGUCCGGCUUCGCUGGUGAGAACUGGGAUGUUGCCGGUGCCGGUGCCGGUGUUCCUGGCACUGCUUUCGCUGCUGCUAGCGCUGCUGCUGGUGCUGCCAGCUGGGAGGCCGAGGGUGGCGACUGGGCUGCCAGCUCUGCCGCUCCUGCUGGUGAGAGCUGGGCUGAGGCCCAGCCCACCGAGGCUAAGUGGUAAACAUCUGGACUUGGCAACAAGGAUUGACGAAACAAUGGCGAUUGAUUGAGGGUGACGAGGACCCCUUGAUCAUCAAGGAACGACUUUUACGCGAUUCCUUGCAAUGAAAGAAAACAAAAUCCCUUGUCGUGUCUAUCCUAGUCUCAGUUCAGGUAUUCCAAAAAGACAAAGAAGAAAAAACGAGGAAAAGAAUCAACGGGAGCUUCACUACUUCAAAACAUCAUUUUCCUACUUCUUCUUUCGUGGUAUGCUACAGCGAAGUCUCCUUCUGCAGUCCGUUUUCACGUUCCGCUUAUGGUGCAUCGGGGAGGAAUUGCAUUGUCAAUGAUUGACUGGCGCUUAUGAGGGAAAGAUAUCCAGUUGUUCUCUUGCCUCAGUGAGCUUCUGGGGGAAAGCCCUGUGCUGUCAAUUUCACAAGGUGGACUUAAUCGUUACCUUGGUUUCUCCCUGUAUGUUUAUCAUAGCCGUAAUCGAAAAGUGAUGCUAGCUACCAUUAUUCUCCAUA